AUGAGUUCGCCUCCAUCUUCUCCUAAUCAGCAGCACGAGCUCAAGCCGCCGAUUAGACGCGGUCACCGGCACCGUCGUUCCGCAGCGAUAUCGGGCGACUUUGAUGUUCAGGAGUUUGGACUUUUACCGCCUGUGCUGGGGAAACCGGUUCCUGGCUCCUCGUCCAGCUCACUGGCUGUGUCUUUGAGCGGCUCUCCUGUGAAGAGCCCGCACUCUCAGUCGUUGAACGACGAUGCGCUUUUCACCAACAGACCGAAAAUUCCUCUCAACACCACACCAUCUUCCGUACACAGCGAUAAAUUUUCCGGGGGUGACGAGUCAAAAACAAGGUACUUUAUCACCGAGGACACGACAUUCGAGUCCGGCUCGGGCCUACCAAGAGCUCUGAUCGACCUGGACGACGUGUUCACUGGCUCGCGUCAGCCUGCUAAAAAAAGCACCAGAACCAUGUCUGCCCCGGAGCUGGAAAGCUUCCAUAUACCCAAACACUCUUUGUUGCACUCGCCGACGAAAAAUGAUGUGGCAAUCGCAGAGGGCAUCACGGAGGAGGACAUCGAGGACGGCGACCAACUGUUAUCCAAAGUCCCCUCAGAAACGUCCGAUUUGUCCUACUCGAAUUCCGCGAAAAACACCCCUCUAAUGGCCGGAAUCAUUAUGAACGAUAAUUGCUCCUCCAACUCGCUUAAUUCGCUAAGCUCCAGCAAUUCCCUCAAUACCGGCGGGGUUCUGCAAAAGAACAUGGCCAAUUUUAAUACCACAAGCAUCUCCAGCUUGCGUGGAAAAGUCAGAUACCAACUAUACUUCAACUCUCAACAGAAACUCAAUACCCAGGCAACCUCCACCCCGUCGAGCUCUGCCACCGCAGACUCCGACCGGUUUGGUCGCAGACCAAUCUUAAUGCCUCCCUCUUCUUGCUCGUCUCCUUCGUCUGCUUUGCGUGCAGCUUCCAAAUCCCGCUCGCCUGUGCGGAACUCCAAGCUUACCACGCCGCAGCAAAAAGGCCCGUUCCAGUUCGAGCCAAUCGUGUACGAGAUCCCCAAGUCGUUCCACAGAGACAGCGACUACUCCAAGUCGAUGUCCAUGUCGGAAAACUCCACUUCGUACGAGUCUCCGAGUGUCGAUGUCUCGAAACCGGAACCGUCGCCUAUACAACAACAUAAAGGGUCUCACACACGCAGCAGCUCGCUGUUCAGCGUUCUUUCCUCCAAGUUCCAUCAUCGACGCAAGUCGUCUGUGUUGUCGACUGCAAAUAAUGCUUCCAUCAUUGAGAAAACCACCGACGAGAUAUUCGGUCUGAGCGACCGCGGACAUGCCAACGACUCCACACUCCUUUUCGACGACCAAACGCUCACCGAAGAGGUGAUUGGUGAGCCCGGCCCGAUGGUCGAGGUCGUCGAGCCCAAACAGGCCCUGUCUAGUAUCCCGAAUCAUGCCCAUGUUAAUAAGCAUUCCAAGAGCAAAAGCACGAGCUUUGUCAAUUUCACUAGUUAUGAAUCCAAGAAAGCCAGCUCCAACAGUUAUAGCGGGGCCAGCCGGUUCUUUGGCUGGAUGAUGAAGUCCCGAAAGACGUUUUUGGAUCUGUUGGAUCGUUUGGUCUGUUUGCGUGGCCUCGUCGUCGUCCUUGCUGAGUCUGUAAACGCUCGUGAUCCAGCUGAUCAGGUUCACCAGCCGCGAAACCAGCUUUGGGAGCUCAAAGUUGGUGAAAAUGAGGCUCAGAUUAAGAACCAGCUCGUUCGCGUAGCCAAUCAGUUCCAAGCAGACUCCAUCUCGACCAUGCGGAUCAGCUUGUUCAACUUGACCAGCCGCACUAUCAGGUUCUUCAUGUUCAGAAGCACAAUAAUAAAGUACACUUUCGACAGGUUCUGCACCACCGACUCGAGCGACUUGAACUUGGUGGCAAACCGCGAGUUCUUGAUCACGUUCUGGAACAUGGUGAAGUUGUCAAACAGCGAAACAAGCGACUCUAGGCUGUCCAGCAACCCAGACUCGAACUUGUUGUAUCUAUCUAUCCAUUUCAAAGUGGUUCGCUGGUCGUACGUUACCAGCGGCCCUGAAACGGAAUGA